AUGGCCACGGGAACGCAAACGAAGGAGAACAACUCCUUCGUCCUCCGCGGGAUCAAAGACGUAUUCUUUGAAGAUCGACCCAUACCCAAGCUUACAGGACCUCGGGAUGUCCUCCUUCAAGUCAAUUACACUGGAAUCUGCGGUUCGGAUGUUCACUACUGGCAACAUGGUAGAAUAGGACACUUCGUGGUCAAGGAGCCUAUGGUCCUUGGCCAUGAGUCCGCAGGGACCGUGCUAGAAGUAGGAUCCGGUGUCAAGAGCCUGAAGAAGGGAGACCGCGUCGCGAUGGAGCCAGGCAUUCCAUGCCGGCACUGCGUGCGGUGUAAGGAAGGGAAAUACAAUCUGUGUCCCGACAUGGCAUUUGCAGCGACUCCGCCGUACGAUGGUACGUUGGCAAAAUACUAUGUCCUUCCAGAGGACUUCUGCUACAAGCUGCCCGACAAUAUGACACUGGAAGAGGGCGCUUUGAUGGAGCCCCUUGCUGUGGGAGUACAUAUCACCAAACAAUCGGGACUCAGGCAGGGUGACACAGUGGUUGUUUUUGGGGCUGGGCCUGUAGGACUUCUCUGUUGCGCUGUUGCUAAAGCUUUGGGUGCAAGCAAGGUUGUCGCGGUGGACAUUAACACCGAACGACUCGAGUUCGCCAAAUCCUUUGCAGCAACAUCAACAUUCGUGCCCUCCAAAGUCUCAGCGGCGGAAAAUGCGCAGAGGCUGAAGGACGAAAAUGACCUCCCAGCAGGAGCAGAUGUUGCUAUUGACGCCAGUGGAGCAGAACCCAGCGUUCAAACGGCCAUUCAUGUCCUCCGCAUGGGCGGCAGUUAUGUGCAAGGUGGGAUGGGUCGAGACGAAAUUACUUUCCCGAUCAUGGCUGCGUGCACCAAAGAACUCACGGUCAAGGGCAGCUUCCGAUACGGCCCCGGCGAUUAUGCAAUGGCCGUGGACCUGGCUGGCAGUGGCAAGAUCGAUGUGAAGCGGUUGAUUAGCAGGAAAGUCAAUUUCGACGAUGCAGAGCAGGCCUUUGAGGAUGUGAAGGCUGGAAAAGCCAUCAAAGUGCUGAUCGAGGGGCCAAAGUAG